GCGGGAAGGCAGAGGUGUCUCCUCCACCCGAGCGGCGGGAGACCCGAGCAAGCUCCGUCUGACAGCUCGUCGGCCGCCAUGUCAGCGAGUGGGGCUGGAAACAGCCCCAGAGCUCAGCGGUAGCCCUCCUUUCGCCUCCAGUUCCCAGACAUGGAAGGACUUUAAUGAAACUUAAAUGAUUCAACAAAAGAUGCUCUAAUGGAUGACAGUGAAACACCUACAUAUAAUCUUCAGAUAGAACCACAAGAUGGGUGUCUUCCUGCUGACAGUGUGGAAAGUAUAGUAUCAUGCUUGCCUUCUGCAUCCGACGAAAAUGAAAAUCGACUUGACGGGGGUGGGCGUGAUCAUCUGAGCAGCAGUGACCGUGCAAUGGGCAAACCUGAAGUGUCCGAGCAGGACAGUCUCAACAAUAAUGAAAGCUGCACACCGAGCUGUGAGGCGGCUGCAAGUGAGAACUCAGAAAACACUCCUUGUGAAGGCCCCAGUGAUGGACAGGACUUCUUGGAAAAGGACGAAAAAACACCUGCAAAAAGAAGUUCAAGAAGCAAAAGUGGCACUGCUAAGAAGAUACCACCAGGACUUUCUUCAGGAGAUUCCACACCUUUAAUGCAAGAAAAUGUACUAAGUGCAGCCACAUGUGCUGUUGGUGAUGAAGACUCUACUGAAGUGAAUGCUAACGAUCGGCCAGAAGCCCCGAAGCUGGCUUUGCAGUCUCUGUUCUCACUUAUACGGGGUGAAGUUGAGCAGUUGGACUCAAGAGCACUUCCCCUUUGCCUUCAUCAGAUAGCAGAAUCCUAUUUCCAGGAAGAGGAUUAUGAGAAAGCAAUGAAAUUCAUUCAGCUUGAACGACUGUAUCAUGAGCAGCUGCUCGCAAAUCUUUCUGCCAUCCAAGAACAAUGGGAAACAAAAUGGAAAACUGUACAACCACAUACAGUUACGUCUCUAAGGAAUUCAGAAAAGGGCUUUGAUGGUGAAGAUUUUGAACGGCUUACUAAAUUUUGCACAACACAUCAAGACCCUCUUUUAUCCAAACAUAAGACAGCAGCUGUAGAAAAGUCCCUGGGAAGGAAGGUAACAGCGUCUGAAGAUCCAAAGGAAAGUGGAGCCACAGCCAAAGAGCCGGAGAGUGAAACUUGCCCUGGCAUGGAACCAGGUAGAGAGAAAGAAGAGACCCAGGAGAGCAGUCCCUGCGGUCGUCAGAUGGCCAGGCAGGCCGAUCCCCCGAGCCUUCCUGUCACUGCAGGCAAGGACCACACAGAGGAGCCACUCCGCAGGGCUGAGGCCACACGGGAGCUGCAGGCCCAGCCCUCCGACACAGCGGGGGGCAGGUCUGGGCCACACUCUUCCGAGAAGGCUUGUGAGGAUGGCAGCCGCUUGCAACAAGCUCCAACAGAGUCCUGCCACGCGGUGGCCGAAAUAGAGGGCACUGGGGAAGACCCCGAGGGGCUGCUUUCCAGCGCGUCGGUGACAGAGCCAUUGGUUGCUCCGGGCUCUGACCAUACGCCUCCUGCCUUGUGUUCUGAGGAUGAAUGUACACAGACUCAAAGAAAGGAACUCCAGUUGCCUCUUCGAGAUGCUUCUGAGGCGUUGCCCACAGACCGACUUGAGCACAGUGAAUUAAACGAGCUGCAGCAACCAGCUAUCACAGGCAGUGAUGGAAAAUCACCACAGGGCCAGGCUGCCUCCGAGGAUGCACUUUGUGAGAACUCUAAUGUGUCUGACUUAAGUACGGGGCGUUCAGAGGUGUGUAUGGCCCCAGAGGAAAAGGGAGGACCGGACGACCAAAUCAGUAAGGAAGCAGAAGACUAUUUGAACAGCCUUUUAGAAGGAUGCUUAAGAGAUACUGAAGAUUCCCCUUCAUAUGACGAGGAAGAUUCUGAUCUCCUUCAAGAUCUCUCCCCGGACGAAGCAUCUUACAGUCUACAGGAGAACCUGUCUUCCGAUGACAGCUGUGUUUCUCUGGAUGAUCUUGCAAAAAGGAUAGAGAUUGCAGAGGUUGUGCCUGCUGAAGGGUUGGUCUCUAUAUUGAAGAAGAGGAAUGAUGCUGUAGGAGACCACCCUGCCCAGAUGCAACAGAAACCAUCUAAGCGAAGAGUGAGAUUCCAAGAAAUAGACGAUAAUUUAGAUCAAGAUGAAGUUGGAAGUGGUUCCUGUAUUUUACUGAUCUUGCUGUGCAUAGCAACGGUUUUCCUUAGUGUUGGAGGAACUGCAUUAUACUGCACUUUUGGUGACAUGGAGUCACCUGUCUGCACGGACUUCGCAGACAACGUGGACUUCUAUUACACUAAGCUACUGCAGGGAAUGGCAGAACUGAAACACUGGAUCUACCUCUCCUAGCGGCAUUCAAGAGGGACAGGCAUGCUGGCAAUGAGAAUCAAGAGUGAAGCUUUCUAAACAGCUUUUAUUUUAGGAGUUGUGUGACGUCCCCUUCCCCCAGUGAGGUACCAUGGACAUCAGAAACAGCAGCUUUAAAUGGUGGUCCAGAGAGACUCAGAAUCAUCCACAUGCUGAAGCAAAGGUAGACCUGAGCGCUGUGGAUGGAAGGAGUGAUCUUUGGAGAGCAUGUCCAUCUCCUCCUCACUGCCUCCUAGUGUAAUGAGCUGCACUGAGCGGAAUUAAACAGGGAAGUGUUGGAGCCACACCAUUUUUAGCUUUCUUGUCAAGCUAACCCUUAAAGGACGCUUUUGGUUUCUAUUUGUUGGUCCAAAGACAUUGCUUCCAGCCAUCACGCAAUAAGUUUGUGUAUGAUCAAAAGGAGUUACCUAUGGUUUCGAUGUCUUUUUUUAGUUACUUUGAGAGCUAUGUAGAUUAGGCAUUGUGAAUUACUUCCAGAUUUUGUUCUCCACUUGUGAAACAAGUGGUGUGUGCGUGCAUGCGUGUGCACACGUGUGCGUACAUGUGUAUUUCAGACCAUUCAUCAUAAGCAAAUACCCAACACAGAAUAACAGAAAUUAUCUUUAUUCUUUUAACUUGACCAUAGAUGUGCAGGCACAAGUCUUUAAAGAAGGUUGAACUGUGGGACGGAGGAGCUGUAGAAAUCUCACCCUGAAAUGAGAAACUGUUAACUUGAUUAUCUAGCCAGAAAUUAAUUACAGACCGAGGGGUAGAAUUAAAGAGCUCCCUCCGAGUCUCCGGCAACCGUCUCAUCAUGGGUUUCGUGCUUCCUGAAGGAUGAUGAGUGCUGGACUCGGUUCAGCAAACCCUUGCUGAGCACCUAUUAUGUUCUGAGACUCUAAGAACCAAAAUAGAAAGGUAAAUAAGGUAGCAGCUCCUGCUCUAGGUGUUUUAAUUCUGGCCUUAGGUUAAAAAAAAAAACUUUGGGAAAUGAAAUGAAAUCACCAUAUAAAAUUCAGUGUUAACAGAUCAUGCAUUCAGAUGUUUGAGAGUGCAUUUAUAUCAUGGGCUUGAUUUAGACCUUUUAUGGGGUCAUUAAGCGAAAAUUCAAUCAUGUCUUAAAUAAGCAAAUGUCUGGUUUUUGUUUAAAUCUGUCAGGUGGCAUUUUCUUUUCUAAGGUCUAACAUUUAGGAAGCCUUGCUUUGGCUUUUUAUAUCAUGGGCAGCAUUUUAAAAGAACACAUGAAUUAUAGUUUUUUAGCAAGUGAUCAUUAUUUCAUGUUUUUUUCUGUCAGAGUCAUUUGAAAGAAAAAGGGAAAAAUUACUUUCUAGUUAUUACUGGCUGGUACAGUACCUCCCUUUGUGUUUUUGCUUAUUUAUUUAGAUUAUGUGAAUUUUAAAGGGCUUUUUAUAUAUGUUGAAAGUGUGUUUUUGAGCAUGCAUUCGGUUUUCCCAAUGUAGAUAACUACUAUGUGCUUAGUAUUUUGAUUUUCUAUAAAUUCAGUUCCUCGUGUUUUUAGGCUUGUUUAUUUUUAAAUUGAUGCUUUAUUUUCACUUAUAAUACUGUUUGACUUGUCUCAUGUCACCAUAAACUAUAAUAUUUUCAAGAAUUAUAGAUCAAAGAUAUUUAUUUAGAAGUACACAAGAUACUGAAAUUUAGAUUCCUUAUACUUAAGGCUGAUUUUAUUAGAAGGUUAUUUUAAUGUUCUAUUAUAAAUUUUAAGAAUUUGUAUUCAAAUUAUAUGUAAAAUAUGUAAAUGUCAACGGUACUAUCUUAUGUGGUUCUAUAAAAGACAUUCACCAAAUCUGCUGUGAGGGGCACCCCCAUCAUAGACACACCUCUUCUGUUUUACUGUCUUGAUUUCUAGUUAUGGGAAUUUGGUGAGUCUGAUUUCUGCUGGCUUGAUGUCAAGAGAAAUCAGAACUUCCUCCUGUUCUUCCCUUUAGAUCACUGGCAAAGUCCUAAGUAAACCACAGAGUCGUAUUUGCCUAGGGCCACUAUUUCUGAAACCCAAGGUUUCCUGGAACCAUGGACCCUGAGCUGAGAGGGUCGAGAUGAUUCCUUGGUCCUCAGGGCCCAGCUGAGCCUCAGAAGAACAUGUGUGUCCUCACCGCCCCAGGGAGGGCGAGGUGAGCUCGGGAGCAUAUUGAUGUCAACUUAAAAUACACAUGAAAAUCUCAACUGGGAGUAUUGGGGCAACAUUUUUAAAUGUAAUAGUCAUUUAUUGCAUGAAUUGGAGUAAUUCCAUCUGAUGAUGAAAGAAUUGUUAUCUCAUACGUAAAAAGUUCACCCAGCUUUACAAUAAUGUAAUUUUUUCUGCCAUGUGAAAGUUCUGACAACUGUUUGUAACAAAUCUUCCUUAAGAACUGUAUUUGAGGGUAAUAGGUCAAGCUUGUAAUUUAAAAUCUAUACCAACAAAGUGUCUCAGAGAGUUUAUUUGAAUCCUGAAGUGCUGAGAAAAAUUGCUUUAAAGUAAUACUUUCAGAGGCUGGUCUGCCCCACAAGUAGAUAGCCAUCUAUUUUGGGAAGUAAAAUAGGUCCCGAGAUAAGGCUCCUCUGCUUCUAAAACAGCCCCCACCCCCCCAAUCUGCCUGACAUGGUAACUGGAAUUUGCUCUAAAAAAAUAAUUUCUUUAGAUUUAAAACUCAGAAUCCUCGGGAAGGUUUGUUUUAUUGAGCUGUGGAUUUGUGUAUUAAGCUGAGAGGACUUGAAAUUUGAAGGUAACCCUUAUUUUGAAAGGAUGGAUGUGAAUUGGGUCCUGCUGGAGUGGUAGAAGGAUAUGGGGUGGGCAUAGUGGGGUGGCAAAGGGUAGGAACUGAGAAGUGAAGAGAGUUGGUGGGACAGAACAAUCCCUUUACCUGUUAACCUGUUUUGCUAAAGCUGACUUUGUGGCAUUUACUCCCAAUCCAGAGAGAGACGUAAGUUUUUGUCUUCCUACUCACAUGACUUGUAUAAUUUGGUUCAUUUCUGUGGCUCAUUUACUAUCAACCCACCUUUGUAUACUUCUUUCUGCAGUGUAAUAAGUGUUUCUACAUUUAUUCAUUUGAGCUUAAGACCAACACACAUUCCCUUGAAGUCCAGGUCUUACAACUCCCAAAUCCAGUGUAUUUUCCAUUCUGUUAUGUUGCCUCUGUCCUCAAAGGAAUGAGUGACCUAGGGCUGGUGGCCAAAUUCUGGUGCUGUCUGCUGUUUUAACAACUUCAAAGAUAAUUAUUAUUGAGCCUCAUGUAUUAACCGUGUAAAAGCUACAGUGAGUUGAAAAUUUUCCUAAGGAAUUCUAAUUUCAUUUAAAUAUUCCUCAGUUUACACUACCGAGAAGAAAGUUAUAGUAUCCUUUGGGCAUCUUUUCUCCCUGGUUCCAAGAAGAGUUACUCCUGAAUUCAACUUUUUGUCUGUUGCCCUAACAGUGUGGAACCAUUAUCUGGGUUUGUUGCUGUCCGUGCCUUGACAAAUAUUUAAAUGCCUGCCAUGUGCCUAGCACUGAGCUGGGUUCUGGGGCUCUAGCAACAAGAAAUGGUACCAGCUUGAUCUUAGCAUCUGGCAAGGUAAAUGAAUUUGUGAAGGGGGAAUAAAAAUGAAGGAUCAUGAUAGCCAUGGGGGUAGAUGCUUGAGCUCAUUCUUUCUUGCCAGGUGUUAUGCACUAUUACAAAUAAAAGUAAAAUUCUAUCCACCUGCAUAACAACUUGAUGGACAGAGAUCUCUCCUCACAGUCAACGUUCUAGUAAGUAUUGCUUUUCACUUCCAGUUAGUAUUUGUGGUAUUAACAGUGGUGGGCUUUCCAGCAAUGGAAAGCUUCUUGGCAGGAUCUGUCUUCAGAAUUGAAAGUCUGACUAGCACAACCUUUUCACAAAACUCCGGGUUCUGGUGCUUCCCCUAUAAAUUCUAUCAUUUUAAGUAAGAAAUAAUACGCAUCCUACGAAACACUCAGAAAGGAGAGUAUACCUGCCAAUUUAUGUCAUGAGACCAAUAUCACUCGCAUACCAAAACCAAAGACAGUAAAAAAAGAUAAUAAAAGACCAAUAUCAUUCAUAAACUUAAACACAAAAAUCUUUAACAAUAUUAGU